AUGACGGAUGAUGACUCCUUCUGCAUUGAUCCCAACGAAGACACUGAAUGGAAUGAUGCCUUACGAAGUUUCGGCAUUAUCCCUCCAAAAGAACAACCGAGGGAUGAAGUUGAAGAAAUGGUUUUACGUUUACAAGAGGAAGCGAAAGUUAAGCCCUAUGAACGGAUGAAUCUUGCAGAGCUAAAGGAAGCAGAGGAUGAGUUUGAUGAGGAGGAUGAAAAUGCUAUUGAAUUGUACAGAUGCCAGAGAGUGGCAGAAUGGCACGCUGUACAGGAAAAAAGCAGAUUUGGUGAGUUGGCUGAACUGCAAGGAGAUGAGUACGUAAAACAAAUUACUUAUGCAGGAGAAGAUGUAUGGGUCAUUCUUCAUCUUUAUAGACCUGGCAUACCAAUGUGCAUUUACCUCAAUCAUCACUUGGGUAAUCUAGCUAAGAAAUAUCCCGAAACAAAAUGCAUGAAGGCUAUUGCAAACAUUUGUAUUCCUAACUAUCCAGACAAAUAUUUGCCAACAAUAUUUGUGUAUUUUGAGGGUCAAAUGAAGGCAAGGCUCAUUGGAUUGGAAUGUGGAGUACCAGAUAUGAAGUUAGAAGAGCUGGAACGGAAACUAGCAAAGACAGGUGCAAUAAAGGCAGAUUUAGAAGAGAAACACAAAAAAAAGACUGUGGACAUGAAGGUAUCAACAAAAAAAGAAUGCUCUAUUCGACAUUCUAAUGAAAGUGACCACGAAGAUGAUGCGUGA